GCAGAGGAGUCUAGAAACUACGGUGUUCCAUCUGUAUUCAAUCUAUUUGCCGCAGAACUUUCGUAGGUUUGUUUUAUUUGUCCAUCUUCUUCAACGAGAGAGUUGUGUGUUUUGAUCGAAGAAAAGCUUUCGGUCUUUGUAAUCAACAGGGUGUGGAAGAAGUAAUGGCAAAAAGCACGUUCAAGCAAGAGCAUGACCUAGGUUUGUGGUUCGGACCCUUUGUCUUUGUUUUCGUGUUUUAUUCUCAAAACCCUUUGCUUUUUGAUCUAAUGAUGAUCCUGUUUUUUUUUUUUUUGGAACGUUCAGAGAAGAGAAGCGCAGAGGCUGCUCGGAUUAGAGAGAAGUAUCCAGAUAGGAUUCCGGUGAUUGUUGAGAAGGCUGAGAAGAGUGAUAUACCAACCAUCGACAAGAAAAAAUACCUAGUCCCGGCGGAUUUGACAGUAGGGCAAUUUGUGUAUGUGAUUCGCAAAAGAAUCAAACUGAGCGCAGAGAAGGCUAUCUUUAUAUUUGUCGACAAUGUUCUUCCUCCAACAGGUGCGUUGAUGUCUGCAGUGUACGAAGAUAAAAAGGAGGAGGAUGGGUUCCUCUAUGUCACUUACAGCGGGGAGAACACAUUUGGAUAUGGAUCUCCGUAGAAGCUCUCUCUCUUGCUGGAUAAUUUCAUUCUACCUUCUUUCUGUACUUCGCAUAUCAUCUUCUUAUUAGUUAUUUAAGCAAGCAAUCAGCCUAUGUACUUCCCUAAGGACGUUCGAUUGGGCGUUGAUGUGUACAGAAAACAUGAAAUAAUGUAUAUAAACUAUGCUCUAAUAAUAAUAUAUUUUAGUUUCUUCAAAUAA